GUUCUUUGUCGCGGUUGACUGUUAUGAUACAGUUCUUGCCGACCGCAGCUAGGCUGCCAGAUGUGGAUUUGGUAAUGCGACCAAGCUAGCCCAUCGAUCGCCCCUAAACACCCUUUCUCACCUGAUUGUGACAAGCAAAAAUGUCACUUCCUGCCUUGGACCGCAUGUUUAUAACUGCAGUAUGGUUACAGUGUAUAAUUUAUGGAGUCAACUGCGUGCUAUUUGGCGUAUGCAUGUAUGCCAUAUUUAUUCGGAACAAAAGGGCGCAUUGGAUUGUUCCACUUUCAUGCAUUUUCCACUUUUCAAUCGCGACAGCGCACCUCAUCAUUUCCUUUUUAUAUGCUCUGCGGGGCCUCACAGAUCCUGCUGUAAUAUCCGUCCCUAACGGAAGUACCUUGUACUUUGCCAGUGUUACAGCCUUCUGGUCGACACUGACAAUAUUGUAUCUCUUCAAUGUUCUUGUUCUGCAUUUCCUGCUAAUCUGGAGGUUUUAUUUGGUUUGGAAUCGUAACUUGAUCCUUGCUAUCAUCCUGCUCAUUCUGGAAGUUGGACACAUCUCAACUGCUUUAGCGGCUUGGUCUAUAGUCACUCGGUCCCGUGUCACAUUUGCAUCGGCUGCCUGGGCUUUGGCGACGGCUCUUUUCAUACUCAACCUCGUUCUCACUAUUUGUCUCACGUCCGGGAUCGCCUAUCGUCUUUGGCGCGCGGGAGUUGAUACGUUUGGUUUGACUGGUCAUAAUGCCUACAAACCUGCCAUAUACACCAUCAUCCAGUGCGGUGCAAUCUAUACCAGCAGCAUCGUGGUAAUAUGCGUUCUACGCCUUUCCGGGAAACCAGCUGGUCUCGUGGCACCUUACGUCGGCAUUCAGUUUGCCACCUUGACCCCUCUUCUUCUCAUCGUCAGUCUUAACUUUGGCGUGAGACAUAACGAGACAUAGACGGAACACGCUUCGCUCGACCAGUCCAGGUCAAUAUCGCCGAGGAGACCCGUACUUGCUAUGGCAAUACCAUGGAUCUAUGACUCACCCGGAAGAAUCAGAGACUGCGUGCAUAUGGUGGUAAUGAAAAGGGACAGUAUUUCAUAGGUUUUUCUUCUAAGGAGACAUCAGACACUGGGACCCACGUUUGUUCAACCAGUACAUGCUAAAAUCACCGAGGAGACCCGUACCUACCCUCCUGACACCGUGUAUCCAUGGCC